AUGUCUGACCAGGUGCAAGAACUCCUUAACGUCCCUCGGGAAUUCCUCAAGGAUGGCAUGAUGUUCAUCAACCGAAGCCAGAAGCCCGACAAGCGUGAAUUCAUCAAGAUCAGUCAGGCUGUUGGUACUGGUUUCCUCGUCAUGGGUUUCAUCGGCUACAUCGUCAAGCUGAUCCACAUCCCCGUCAACAACGUCCUCGUCGGUGGCGCAUAA